AUGUCUUUGUCGGAUGAUAGUCAAGAGGAAACCUCAUCGAAUUCUUCACGUAUAAUUUUUGUGGCCUCUCCGAAAAAUGGUUCAUUAUCAGAAGGAAACCAAUCUCUCAAUCAAACACUUGAAAUUUUCUCGUUUCUUCAUCCCAAAUAUAAACAACAAGUAAAAUUUGGUCUUUUAACCAUUCAAUCCAAAACUGAUGAUGAUUCAAAAACAAUAUUGCUGGAAAUGGAACGAAUUGGGGACAAAAUAUCGAGUUGGUUCAUUGGAAAUAAUGUCAUCUCCGAUGGAAGACCUAUUGUAUUGACUCCGAUGGAUGUAACUUUUUUAUUGAUUGCAAUUUUAGAGUCGGAAGAAACUGAAGGCGAGUCGUUUAAGAACAUGAUGGAUGUAAUACCACCUGUGAUACAGCGUGUUUCAAGCGUGAGGGAUAUGAUUGUAAAUAUUUGUCAAGUGGUGGAAGUUGGAGACGACCUAUUUGUACAAUUAAGUCCAGAAAAGGUCAACCAAUGGAUGAUUGCCAAAUGCGAUCACAUCUUUGAUCAAAUCAACAAUAACAAUGAGUUAAAGAACAAAAUUAUUACAUCUCAAGGCUCUUUCAAAAGAAGUUUAAAGAAUAAGGAUGCAGCUGAUGAUAGAAAGAUUAGAGCCGAGUCCAUCCGAUUUCUCUCCGAGUACAUGGACAGAAAAUGGAUUGAAAUAUUGGCCUCUCAUUUCGACUUACUGACAGAAAUAUAUCCAAGCAAGAAUGCAUCCAUGUCGAAUAACAAUUCCCAACUUUCAUCAUCUUCCCAACCAAAAUCUCCUAAACCAUCCUCGCAACAUUCUCAAGAAACAGAUGAUUUUCUUGCAGACUUGGAUGCAGUAGAAAAGAAUAAGAGAAAACGUGCCGAAGCCACUGCGGAAAAGAGUAAAAAGACCAAAUCUCAAGAAUCAAGAAAUGUACAAAGUUUGAAAAAGGUCAACACCAAAGGCAUGAAGUCCAUGGACUCCUUCUUCAAAAAGAAGCAAUAA